AUGUCGUCUCCUAUGGUCGUGAAUGUUGGCGGCACAAGAUUCCAUACAACCAUCGAAACUCUGAGAAAUGGCCGCGGCAGAGGUGACAGAAGCAUAUUUCGGGACAAGAACAUUUCCUGCCAUGAAGAAACAUUCGUUGAUCGUGACCCAACGGUGCUUGGUUACAUUUUGAAUUAUUUGCGUGAUGGAUCAGUUACUUUUCCGAGAAAUGAGUACAUCAUCACUCUGGCUAAGUACGAGGCUUGGCACUAUGGCCUUCACCAUCUUGCUGGUCAGCUUCCAGCAGGUGACUUUCACACUGUUGAAGCCUCAUGGGAUUCUGAAGCUGAGCUUUUUCGCUCUCCGUCCUCUGAUUCAGAGUCUCACGAUCCUGAUUCGUUGUCACCACCGAGAUUUCCGUGCGAUAAAGAAACAUUUGUCGAUCGUGAUCCAACGGUGUUUGGCUAUAUUUUGAAUUAUUUGCGUGAUGGAUCAGUUACUUUUCCAAGGGAUGAGUACAUUAUCACUCUGACUAAGUACGAGGCUUGGUACUAUGGCCUUCACCAUCUUGCUGAUCAGCUUCCAGCAGGUGACUUUCACACUGUUGAAACCUCAUGGGAUUCUGAAGAUGAGCUUUUUCGCUCUUCGUCCUCUGGUUUAGAGCACUCUCACGAUCUUGAUUCGAUGUCAUCACCAGUACUUCCCGUAUUUUCUCAUGAAAGUAAUGCGAUUUUCUCAUUCUCAUCGGAACGUAACGAUUUCAACGAAGUCACAACUUCCGUAUGUCCGGAGAAUGAUGAAGAUUCUGAUGGGAUUUCGUCAUCUGCAGAAUCGAACUAUCUUUGCGACUGUGAUUCUUUCUCGCCAGUUUCUCCGAUAUAUCAUCGUGGCAUAAAUGAUGAAAGUAACUUUUUUUGA